CUCACUUUCAUAAUUUGGCGUCUGUAUAUCGAGGAAAUUUAUUCAGGUUCUGCUUCAAAGCUUAUUCAGGUUCACUGAAAGAACACCAAGUUUUGUUGACUGAGCAACGCGGCUUGCAAGAUCACGUGAUUGGCAAUGAGUGAAGAUGAUGGAUUCAGUGACAAAAGUUGUACGUGCACCCAAGUUUGUGAUUUAGAAGAUCCUCCUCAUGGCACGCACCACUGCAACAACUGCGUUUGAGUCCUGCUUUCAAUUUCAUCACAACAUCUAAAGCUAUCAUCAAGCACAUCCACAUCUAUCAUCAAAACAAUCAAAAUGUCUGGUUUGCUUGCUUUCUCCCGCUUCUUCAUGAGCAAGAUGGGUCCGACGAAAGGUCGAGGGCCUCUCAUAAGUAAGCGCGCGCCGCAUUUCCGGAAAGGUUUUGGGUCCAUAGGUUUGGGUAGACAUACGAAAAAAGCCUUCUUUCAUAUCAAUCCGCAACUGAUACCCAUGUUCAAGGUCCCAGACCUCACUGGUUUUAAACUGAAACCAUACGUAUCGCGCCGAACGCCCGUUGUGAACAACGCCUCUGAAUAUUGGAAAACUGGCAGGUUCACGCCAUGAAUGCUUAUGUAUUUGAAAUUCGAAUUAUUGACAAUUUGAACAAAGACAAAAACAUUGUCAUAUCUUCUCGACAAAUAAAUAAUGACAAGUAGAACUUCCGCAACUGAAUCGAUGAUCGAACGUCACUUGACAACUAUUAUCUAUCAAGGACAAGCUCUCAAGAACACCAACACGACUCUUAUUCUUAUAAGUAUAAGUACUCACAUUGUGAGAUAAGAAUUGG